AGGUACCUUGUUAAGGCAGGGGACCACAAUCUCAAUAAAAACGAAAGAUCGCAACAGGAAAUAGUCCCGGAGAAGAUAUUGGUUCAUCCGAAACACAGAAUCAGUGCUUUCGACUUCGAUAUAGCCUUGGUAAAACUUACCCAGGCUGUUAGACUCAACACUUUUGUACGAACUGUCUGCCUUCCUGAAAAAGAAGAAGGAGAUCUUGCAACUGUUCAAGCCAGUGGUAUCGUGGCCGGGUGGGGAGUUACUCGCCCGUUAGGAUUGGCAGAACCACCUGCCCCUCGUGAUUUUUCCAAACUUCUUCGUCAUGCUACUCUCACAAUUCAAAACAACCAGUUCUGCUCUAAUAAAACAAUAGUAUGCUACAACACGGCGCUCACGUUUUGUGCAGGAGACGGAAAAGGAGAAAUCGAUAUUUGUCAAGGAGACAGUGGAGGAGCGUUUCUUCGUGAAAUAAGGAGAGGACGAAAUUUGCAUUGGGUGGCUGUUGGCAUUGUCAGCUGGGGCGAAGGAUGCGCACAAAAGAAUAAAUAUGCAUACUUCACAAGAGUGUAUCCGUUUAUUGACUGGAUAAGCAAAUCUACGAAAGACUGUAAGUACCUCAUGUUUAUAUAACAAUUGUGUAUGUUAAAAUUUGUGACCUUUUCAUAGACAUUUCUGACAUAAUUCACAAAAAUUAUUUCAAUGACUGAAGCUAUUUCGUCGAGGGACGCUUGGUUAGCAAAAGAAGAGAGAGGGAGGUAGGAAUAUUGAGAAGUUUAAUUUGGCUUAGAAGCAAGAUAAGUGCAAAUGAAGAAAUAGUAAAGGCUGUACUUAAAAUACUUUCUCCUGAAAAAGGUAGAUAAUCUGGCAAAUUCUAAAAAAGGUGAUAAUCAUGUUCACCUACGUGUGAUACUUAAGGCAAAGUGCAGGGUGUUGGAGACCACAGCCGUAACAAAAUAAAUCAAAUUUUGCUAUCAUGCGUCGUGCUUGCGCGAUAACCGUGCAUAAAAAGCCGAUAUACGUGCAUCGAGUCUGAAUUCCAUUGAUGGUGCAUAUAUCGUGCUUUUAUCGUGUGUUUAUGGCCCCUUCAUUUAGCCUUAUCCCUUGUGUCAGGAGCUUAUUCAAAAGCCUGGAAAGCCUGGCCAAAGCAGCAACCUUGGUCACAAACGACUGGCUUUCAUGGCUGUUUGCGUUUUAUUGGCAGAGCCAAGGACUCAAAAGGCCGUUUUUCAUGGCCUUGCUAGUGAAUUUGUCAAUGAAUUUAAAAUUCAGAGCCAUAAUCACAUGAGUCUGGCUUUCCUGGCCGAUAUACAAAUGUAAGCCUAAAAUCUUUAAAUAAUGCUACAGAACCUUUAAUUUGAGGCCAAAUGAGCUCCUCUCUCCCAAGAGGAUAUUAUUUCUGUGCUAGUUCAGUAAACAACCUUAAUAUUCCCCGUUGUCGUUUGGGAACUGGUCAGCGUUGUUUUGCCUAUAGGGGGGUUAAAAUCUGGAGUGGAUUAAGCAAGCACCUGAGGACGUUAAGUAGCUUAGACAAUUUUAAACAAUGCAUUUUUAGAGAACAUUUAAGCAAAUCAUGUAAUAUACUAAUUUUUAUACGUUCAUUAUAUUUAUUUAGGUUGAUGAUUAUCAUUCUUUUUUACUUGUGUGUCUUGUAAUAUUGGUGCUGAAAAGCCCUUUUAGGGAGCAACAAUAAAUGUAUGUGUUUAGUUGUCCUAGUCUCUCUAACAGUUAUAAACUUUAAUAUGAUAAGUCAGCAAAAUGUUGUCACUAAAAACAAAAAAACCAAAAAAACCGACGUCCAAGGAAAAUCUGUAGCAAAUCAAUAACAGAAGUGACUAUUAUGAGACAAUAAAGCAAUGACACCGUGUUGAGAAUAUUACUUACUUUGUACAAAUAGGAAAACCGAAAACGGUUGCGUUUACGAAGUAGGUUCUAACUAGCCAUGAAUGGAUGAAAAAUUCCAAUAUAAGCAGUUAAAAUACGCAACUAUCAAGUUUGCAUGGGCGCUGCAAUCUCUCAUGAUCCCUCAAGCCAAUGUUGUCGAAUCCGAACUAUUGAUAAUUAUCUUCCAUAAAAUGUAACUUUAUGUAAUUUUUAUAUUAGGAGAUAAUAAAAAUAAUCAGUUUUUUAAGAUAUAAAAAGGUUUUGUCGUAACUUAUUUCAUGACAUACAAUUGCAGCUUUUUUCAUGUUUUACUUCUAUAUGCCUUAGCAUGUAAUUAUAAGUGUAUGAUCCACAGAUAUAUUAAUUUUAUUUUGAAGAUAGCCAAGCUAGUCAGGCUUUUAGCCACGUUCCUAGUGCCAAGCUUUGGCUGAUGUUCUGGCUAAAGCCUGGCUUAGUGGCCAGGAAUGGCCAGGGUCACCCCGGCUUUCAGGCCAGGCUUUGGCCCAGUUCUCACCAGGCCUGGCUGGCCUGCUAAUCCUGGCUUCCUUGUCUUUUGUAUCGCUUGGCUAGCCUGGCUCAAUGGCCGGGAAAUUCUCAGGGCCACCCCGGCCUGCUAGCCAAGCGGAGAUGGCCUGCUAGCCCCGUCGUCCCCAGGCUUUUCAUCAAAUGGCCAGCCAGGCCAAGGCCCGGGUGACCCUGGCUUUUAGGCUGGGCGUUGACCUCGGUUUUCCACGGUCUGGCCUGGCUCCCGUCACUGGACGAAAAAAUGGAUUUACUAGGGUAGCCAAAUUACAGCAAAUGUGUAGCAAAUACCACAUUUGCACAAUUUUGCGCAAGAGCAAAGACUGAUAUUGCACUAGAUUUGCUAUCCGUAGCAAUGACGGUAAAUGCCACAUUUGCACAACAUUUACAUCUUGGUGCAAAGAUAAUGGGCAGCCAUGGAUUUGAGGGUCAUUUGCAGAUGGUUCAAAUGUGUAGGCAAAUAUGUUUCUUUGAACUAUAUUUGCACAUUACGCAAAUGAUAGCGCAAAUCUGCUGUUUUGCACAGCUUUUGCUUUAGAUGUAAAAGCAUGUAAACCUGUUAUUUUCAGAACGUUUACGCAGCUUUGCAAAUGUGAGUGAAGUAUCUAAUUUGAACAAUGAUUGCUUGGGUUAUCAUGGGUGAUCAAAUUUUCAUAAUUGAACCAGAUUGCUUUGCAUAGCAAAUGUAACCAAACUCUUUGUAUUAAACAUGUUUGCCCACGAAGCAAAUGUUAGCAAACCUAAACUUUGAACAAAUUUUUCUAGGGUGUGCAAAUUUGAUCAAACACAGAAUUUUGCUUGUGGCAGCAAAUGUGGUCAAAAGUCAAGUUUUGAACAAAGUUGCUUAAACAGCAAAUCUGAUCAAACUGUUACUAUUGUACAAUUUUUUCGCUCAGGUAGCAAAUGUAAUCAAAUUCUGACUUUAAUUUGGUUAGCAAAUGUCAUCAAACCCAUAAAAUUGAGCAUUUUUUCACAAGUAGCAAAUGUAAAUUCCAAGGUUUAAACGAGUUUGCCUGAGUUGUAGCAAAUGCGAUAAAAUUUUUAAAUUAUUUUUAAUUAUAACAUGGCUCACUUCAGGUUCUUAACAAGUGGCUAUAAUUAAUCUUGAAGUUUAUAGCUUCAAACAUUAAAGUUACUGAAAGAAAUUCUAGCAGUGACCUCCCAUUAUAAUGUUCAAAUGAUUUAUUCCAUAAACCAAAGUGGCUUACACAUUAUUACAGACUUUACAAACUACAGUAUACAGCUGUACAUACAGCUCUUCAUAUUAAUUCCCAAUUUUACAGUUCGUUGAUGUUUACUUGUCUCCACUCUAUGCUCUAUCAGAUCAUUACUAACUAUUAAUAUUAUAAGAAAAGUGUUCUUCAUCUAAAUGUGUACGAUAUUCUACAUACAGCUGUAGGUGUUUCAGAGUUGCCUCAAACCUAUUUCAGUUGUUUAGGUUUUUGCAACUCAGAAACAGGUUAAAAAUCUUUUUACCCUUGGGCCAAUAUUUACUUAUGACAAGACUAUUUCUUACUUAAACUUUUGUAUCUAAGGACAAAAUCCUGUUCCAACUAAAUGGAACCCUCAAGACACCCAUUUUAAUAAAUAAUUAGCAUUUUUGAAUUUAUUGCUAUUUACAGAUUAAACAAAAUUUGAUUCUGGUGGCAUUUUUUGUCUUUAGGCUCUAUUAGAAUGAAAGGCCUAAUUCUUGCUAUCAAUUUCCAAUUUUUGCUGGUAUAACAACUGGGUUAUAGCAUUUAGCAAACUAAGAAAUAGUUUAGGUACAUGUAGCUAUUCAAAUUCAGACCAGACUUCUUUAACUUCAUUUUUGUUACUAAUGGUUCCUGUAUAGUAUUGGAUAUGCUCUUAGAGGAAGUACCAGCCGGAGCUUCUAGUACUUGCCCUGUUCUAAGAAAAUUAAGGGUCAUUAAAGUAAUGACCAGCUGUAAGUAUUCCACAGCAUGUGAACAUUACCAUUGUCACUGUAGUUGGUCCCAAUGAAAGAAGCUAAUAAUUAUUUUAAAUUCAGUAUACAUGUACAUGUAGUACAAAAGGUUGAUCUGGCUAGCCUGUAAAAUAACUACACUGCUGUCUCUCAUUACUCUUUUUCUUGAGUCAUGUUGCAAUCCUUUGCAAAAUUCCAUACUAAAUCAUGACAAAAAGCAGGGUGUACCUAAAUUUGUUUUGUUUUUUGUUCAAGCAGGUCAGUUGCAAUUGCUGUAACCGGUACACAUGUACUGUGAAGUGGUGCCAGCAGAACUCAAAUGCCUGCAGUUAAGCAAAUAGAUUUAAAAGAAACAUUUGUACAUUAAUUGGCCUUUUAACCUGCUGACUAGUACAUUACUUGCAAACAAUAGCCAAAGGAUUCUAAUGAAAAAUUUAUCACAUCAACCAAUUUGAUCUACCUGCCACCAGAAUUCUCAGGACAAAUCAACACCAUCAGGAUUUGUACUGUUUACACAGAUUUAUCUUUUUCUAAAAAAACAGUGUCAUAAACAGAGAGUGAUUAAAGGAUUACUGUAUUUGCAGAGCUACAUGUACAUGUACCUGUAAGUAUGACCAGUCACAAAUAAUCUGGAAUUUCUUUAAGAGCAUUGGAUUAACUUAUAUUUCCUUAUCACAAAGCAAAUUCAGGAGCAUUAUCUGGUGCCUCCUGCUCUGAGGAGAAGCCAUUCCUCCUUUCUAUUGUCAUUGAGUAAUGACAGGCUUACAUGUGACUGUUUCAAUUUUGCUUUACUGUUCAGCUAGGCAAAGAGGUUUUUACAGGCUAAGUUGUUGACUCCUCCAUGCUAGAGGCCUCCUGCAAAGGACUUUUCUCAGAUUUGUCAUCUCCUUGGUCUGUAUUGCCUUGCUUUGAAGACAUGUACUCCACAGUUAUACAAGCUUUGAACUUACAACAAUCCUUCUUCGAAAUAGAGGUUGUGACUGGAAAAGGGUGGUCUCUUUAGCUUUUUCUGCAACAAACAGAAAUUAUACAUAAUUGAGACCAUUAAUAUUGAAACUAAAGCUGUAGAUGGUCAUCAAGAAAAAUACUAUUGUCCUUUUCUGUCUAAAUAUUCUAGCCUUUUAUAGCAUAAAGGUUGCUAUUAGAUAUUACAUGUACUAUUACUGGCUGCAGUCACACUACGUGACUAAACUUACUUAUUUUCUGAGUUAACUGAUAUCAAAAUUAACUAGUUUAAACAAAUUGCUGGCUUGUAACUUUCAUGUCUCAAAUCUAACCCCAAGCGGUCAUCAUAAUCCUGAUUACACUGUACCUGUUAAAACUAAGACCUUCUUUGAGCAAAAACAAAAUGAAAAUAUGAAUGCAAGAAACCCUUUUGUAACAAGACAAUUGACUCCAGAUAAAUCAUUGUAUUAAUUCACCUUCUGAGCGUCAGAUUUCACGUGUAGUUUCACGUGACUUUUGAUGACCUUUGUGGUAAACAAACCCACAAAGUUCGGACAUCUGUUCUCUCUCGCAUACUGUACAUGUACGAAGUACGAGUCGCUACUUCAAGUUCAAGUUAACUUAUAUAUUUUCCUUCCCUUUCACUGUUUGAAAAUCGAAUAGUUUAAGGUUCAAAAUGUCAAAGCAGAAGAUCUAGAGUGACUUUAACCGCCUCAAGUGUGUUAAAACAGAAAAAAUAUUCGCUGGUACAUGGAGUUUCAACAAGCGCGUAGAAUUCUCCUGUUCAGUUGAAAGAAUGGUUUUGCACGAUGGAUCUAAACUUGAAGAAAAUGAAACUGAUGAUGCAGACACAUUUAUAAUUCAUUAUAAGGCAGUGUGCUUACAUUUUCGUCUCGACCGCCUUUUAUACGCUUAAAUAUAUAAGCAACCUUAUGCUUAUCUUGUCUGAAGUAUAGUACACUGCCUCCUUUUGUCUCUACACGAUUAAAUACAAACCUAGUGUAUGUUCACAAAAGCCUGCGCUUUUUUGCUACAGGCCUCAGUAAGUAAAUGCCAUCAACAUAACCGUCAUCAAAAGUGUCGAGUCACUGUUUGCCGUAAUAUACAAAUUGAAAAGCAAAAUGUCAAACUACAAAUGGCCAAACGGUCUUUGUAGCGAAAAUGGAUUGGUGAAUUAAUAGCAUGUGAUCGCGUGUGAUCAUGAAUUUUGAAAUGUGAAUUAUGUAUGUAUCUUGAAAUUUGCCUACAUCACCGGUUUUAUCUCUUUCGAGGUUUAUUUCCAAUGUUAAAACCAUUUCUGCUGAGACGGGAAUUUCCACUGCAAGCACUCCUCCGUUGUUCCUGCCGUAACGUCUGCUAUGUUUCUGGCCUUAAAAUCGCUGUUAUUCUUCUGCUCAGAUAUUUUUCAACCUUAAACUUUUCAAGUCUCAAACAGCAAAAGGGAAAUAACAUUUAUAAACUAACGCAAACUAGAAAUAGCGAGUGUAGUUCGUACAAGUACAGUAUGUGGCAGAGAACGAAUGUCCGAACUUUGCGGGUUUGUUUACAACAAAGGUCAUCAAAAGUCACGUGAAACUACAUGUGAAAUCUGACGCUCAGAAGGUGAAUUUUAUAGUGAGUGUCCCACUACAUCACUACCAUAACGACAUUAUUGACAUAUUACUUAAAACUUCAUGGACCUGCUUCUUCUGCAACAUUGCCAUCACUUACAGUGUAUCUUGGGAACAAAAGUUUAAUUAUACUAUAAUUGCCUCAUAUGAGGGAAUCCAAGACAGUUUUAGAUUCUGGAUUCCACGCUGCGGAUUCCAGAACCUUUUUCAGUGGAUUACUUGGUUUCUGGAUUCCAAUUGUUUGACCUGUAUUUCAGGUUUCAAAGCUCCGAAUUUAGGAUUCCACAACAAAAAUUGCCUGAAUUCUGGAUUCCAUAAGCAAAAAAUUAAUUUCCCAGAUUCCAGAAUCCCUUACAUGGGGUGAUCAUUAAAAAAAAAUCAGUGAAAGCAGGGUACCAUGAUCUAAAUUCUAGCUACUCUAUGUUUUCAGCACCAUGGCAGUCACUGCCUUUAAUCCCCUUUUAAAUUUUGGAAAAGCCUUUGGAGAAAGUAGGCACUAGAGGAUAAGGUUAAUUUUGGCCUAAUAGAGGGGAAUUAACACUUGCUUCAAUUCUUAUUAAAUUUCCAAGACCAUUAUCGAAUUUGUCCUGUUGUUUUAAAAAAUACUAUAUUCUUUUAUUUGGUUGU